GAGAAAAAGCUACACAGCAUACAAAUUCAUCAUGUCGAGCAACACCCGAUACUACUAUUCGCUACCAACCGAAGCACCACAACGGUCAAGAUCAGGCAGUCGUCGCCCACCUCUUACGCCUUCCGUUGUUUCCUCGCCAUGUCUUACAACACAUGUUCCCGUGGCUUCUCGACGAGACUCUGCUGGAUCAACGGGAAGUCCGACCAAGGCCUCUACUCUGCUCGCCAAAGUUGCCUCGUCACCCACCACCCCGCGGGGCGAAACUCCUCUACCAAGUCCAAUGCCUUCUCCGGAGAUGAGGCACAGUGAAAUGCACUCCAGCUCCUCAUAUGGUUCUGGAAGACCUGCUAUAUGCAGGAGUGAGAGCGAGCGCUACGUAAGACAGUACAGGCAGCAGGGUGAGCAAUAUUGCUCUUGUCAUCGAACUAAGCAGAGAGCUGACAAUAUUUCCAGACGGCUACAUCAGCUUCCCAGACUUUGAGCAGCUCUGCCAAAGACAGAGCCCGUAUGAUCAGC